AUGUCUACCCCAGGAUCUCCAGAUCGUACCUUGCGGAACAACCGACUCUCAACGACUCGACAAUCAACUUUAAUAAAUACCUUGGGGCGCGAGCUGGGCACUACUGGUGCUACAGACCCGUGUUCAUACCGUGCGUAUCUUCGACGCAUUCGUGGAUCGCCGGCAUAUUGGUUUCUUUAUGAUCAGAUGCACAUUUUUGCUGGAGUUCCAUAUAACCCACCCGCCUACAAUCCUGUGAACCCAGUCUCCAUCUUAGAGGUAGCAUCCGAUGGGUCAACCAAACUUUUUAGCUACGAAACCCUUGAUGAUUUAAAAGCGCAUCUUAAGAGUCCGUUUGCGCAUAAUGGAUAUGCUGGUAUGCCUAAUCAGGGAAGAAGAGUGGUCUUGGUGACCGAUAUUCGAGAAACUGUGCUAGAAGUCUUAGGAGAUACGCAUGGGAUGGAUUUUGGUUUUUUUGCGGAUCACUUAUUACCGGAUGAGCACAUAAGCUAUACUUCGAAGACAACAAGGGGCAGUCAUCUCCAUAUCCUAGAGGAGACUAAACCAGAAAGUCGAAGAUUCCAGUUUGAGUAUAGGGAGCUAGGCCGAACCCGGAGAACACAUCGGGACACGAGAAACGUGUGUCGAGUAUUUGAGAAGCCUAGUGGACUAUUGAAUUGGGACGCGAUAUUUCAGAGACGAUUCUCAUGUUUCACGUGUAGCCCUCCUAGCCGGGGGUUGACUACAGAUAUAUAUUUGUUCGAUGAGCAUGCCUUCCGCGGCCCAUUUGCAUUGACCUCUCGGCUGAAUCUUCCUUCAUUCCUAGAAUUCAAGGAAGGAGACGCGGCAUUUGAUAGGUCUCUGGGUAUCAAUAGAUACAACCCCGUGGUAGAUCCUGACAGCCAACGCACUCCGUUCCAACAAGAGCUAGUUGACUUUUUCAAAAGCUCUGAUUUCAACGCUAUCCGCGCUUUCGAAAACUUCUCAUAUUUAGUGGCUUAUAUAUUAAAGCCCACUCUUGUCAUGUGGCGACAUUUAUUAGUCAGAAUCGAGCAUUCGUUUCUUGGGGCAAUGGAGGGUAGAAUAACCUCAGACGACGUCCAUGAUCUAACCGGGGGAAGCUUGAGUUCUGCAUUAAGUCAAGACCCUAAAGCGGGGAAUGAUUUGGACGGCGUAUUGGAGGAAUUUACAUCACUGUGUGAAGAUAUGCACUAUGUUUCUAUGAGGGCGGAGAAAGCGCACAGUAUUGUGUUAACGAAAUUAACGAUUGUUGAGAGCAAGAAAGCCAUCGAGCACUCUAUAAGGGGAAUUGAACUAGAGAAGAGAGUUGGAAGAUUAACUUAUUUAGCGUUUAUUUUCGUACCUUUAUCGUUUUUGGCAUCCUUUCUAGGAAUGAACGGAAUAUCACUCGAAAACAACUUCACGGCCGAGACUAAACGUGUCAUCUGGGUCUUUUGGGCCCUCUCUAUUCCUCUCGUUCUCAUUACUGUCUUCCUUGCGGUUCCUUAUCGUCUCCUUUCCUCACUAAAGCGGGCUAUAUACCUUUUACAAAGACUUGCCGGGAUCGGCUGGAUAUACGAAAGGGAAGAAAUCGAAAAGUAUUACCCAGAAGGAGGGGGUUCAUGGCAAGAGUAUCAUAGAUGGCUAUGUUCACUUGGGUGUGAAAAAAUAGAAGAUUCUAGCCCAAGUAAUUUGUUUGUUAUGGAAAAUGAUGGUAGGUAUUAG